AGAAGGAGAAAAUCUGUUUUUUGUUUUUUGGUUUUUUUUGUAACUAAUCUGAGUAAACUUAUAGGGAAAACUUUGGAAAAUAUUUUAAAAUUCAGCCACACCUUAGUUAAAUCAUUUGGGUACACUGUAUUGAAAGCUAGUUCUAACUGAGGUUUAUGUGAGUCCGUCUCCUAAUGAUGCUAAUAUUUUAUUUAUAAGUGGUAGUACGGAUAUUCUGGCCAGGCUUUGUGUAAUUGACUCCAAUGACAAAGGAACUGAAAGCUAAAAGCUUCCCAGGGAUCAUCUGUGUGUUGAAAGUUGUUGACUCAAAGGGUGGUAAUAGAAAGAGGAUAAUGUGUGCUUAGUACUAAAUGUUCUCUUCUCUUGGAUUAAGUAGAAAUUUAAUAAUUUUAAGCUGAGAAGCAGAGGAUCCCCCAGUGUAACUUGGAACAACUCUUGGAAGUUUCAGAAAAUAUUUAUUUUUUCUUGUCAAGCGUUUAAUUUCCUCUACUGAAUAUCAUUUUGAACUAUUACUUUUCUAAAAACGGUUAUUAAUCUGCUAAGUUAAUUUUUCAUUCAUUCCACAAAUAUUUGAGAGCCUGUUAUGUAUGAGUCUUGUGAGAAAUGAAAUUGAUACUCAAAAAAUUUUACAAACACAGUUUUCGAAUAAAGGACUUUGACAAUUUUUGGUGUGAGGCAGGGGCAGGAUCACCCAGGCCGUAUGGGAAAUGCUGGGUUUCCAGUUUGUCUCUCAGUUCCUUUUCCACUCCUCUAGUUUACUCAUCUUCACUAGCCAGUAUCCUAGUACGUAUGCACCCACCACACAUUGGGAGCUUAUUGAAUGUUUAUUAAAUGGAUGAGUUUUAGGUCAGUAAUGAGUAGAGAGAAUUUUGAAAUUGACUGGCGUGAGAGAGAACAUUGGUCACUCUGCUAAGCAGUAGUCUAGAAUGUUGGUUGUUCCCAGACCCUGGGGGAUCUGUUCAUGGCUCUCCUGGAGUGCCUGGUAAAAUCACAUGGUAGUAGAAUUCCAUUAUAAUUACAUGAUGCAGUGUGUUUAUGUUAAUUUAAAAGUAUUGUUGGCACAAACACACAAACUUAAGGUAAUUGUAGAGAAAUUAUGAAUCUUGAUGCUGUGGACACACCCAUCGGCAUCCUUGGACCUCAGUUUGAAAUUAUAGAUUCAAAAGGUGUUUUGGCGUAGGAGUCAAAGCAGCCGUUUACUGGUCGUGUGCUACCACCCACCUGCUUCAUAGCAUGAGCUGAGAUACUUCGCCUCUUUGGGCUUCAGUUUCCUUUUUCCUGUAGUCAGAGAAUACAUAAAGCUAGAUUAUCUCUAAGAGUUCUUCCUGCUUUGAAAUUUUCCAACUCAGUGAAUCCUAUAACCACUUAGCACAAGGGUAACCCUGUGUUGUCUUAGAGGCUAUAGAUAUACUGGUGUUUACAUGUCUGUCAAAAGCUUAAGCCCUUGCCUGACAGGGAUUAGUCUCAGUCAUUUUUGUGUCUCCCAAUUUUAACAUGUGCCUGACACACACGUCAGAGAUAGAGUGCUAUUAGCCUGGAUUCAGAAUGGGCACAUUUGCCCUCUCGAUUAAAGAAUUGCUGAGAACUAAACUGUAGUAUUGAGUGUAAGUAUAGCCGGAAUUCAGAGAAGGGAAGGAUCUGUUGGGGUUCAAGUCCUUGGGAAGGCUUCAUGGAGGUCAGACCUUGAUGGAGAGGAUGUGGUCCUUCGCAGGGAAGGCGUGAACAUCUGGUGGCACAUCAGGAACAAAAGGCCACAGGCUGAUUACUUCUGUAACUACAUCUCCAGUUUGCUUAACAAAGCACAAUGUCUCGAUCACGACAGCCCCCUCUUGUGACAGGCAUCUCUCCAAAUGAAGGAAUACCAUGGACAAAGGUCACAAUUAGAGGAGAAAACCUGGGCACUGGCCCAACUGACCUCAUAGGUUUGACAAUUUGUGGACAUAAUUGCCUCCUGACGGCAGAAUGGAUGUCACCAAGUAAAAUAGUAUGUCGAGUGGGACAAGCCAAAAAUGACAAAGGAGACAUUAUUGUCACAACCAAGUCAGGUGGCAGAGGAACCUCAACAGUCUCUUUCAAGCUCCUCAAACCUGAAAAAAUAGGUAUUCUGGAUCAGUCUGCUGUGUGGGUUGAUGAAAUGAAUUAUUAUGACAUGCGUACUGACAGGAAUAAAGGAAUUCCUCCCUUGUCCCUACGUCCUUCUAACCCCCUCGGCAUUGAGAUUGAAAAAAGUAAAUUUCCCCAGAAGGACUUAGAAAUGCUGUUUCCUGGAAUGAGUGCUGAUUUUACAAGUGAGAAUUUUUCGGCUUCCUGGUAUCUCAUAGAGAACCACUCAACCACCAGUUUUGAACAGCUCAAAACGGCAGUCACCAACCUGAAGAGACAGGCUAGUAAGAAGAGCGAAGGCAGCCUGGCGUAUGUGAAAGGGGGUCUUAGUACUUUCUUUGAAGCACAGGAUGCCCUCUCAGCCAUCCAUCAAAAACUCGAAGCCGACGGAACAGAAAAAGUAGAAGGAUCCAUGACACAAAAACUAGAGAAUGUUCUGAACAGAGCAAGUAAUACUGCGGACACGUUAUUUCAGGAAGUGUUAGGUCGAAAGGACAAGGCAGAUUCCACUAGAAAUGCGCUCAAUGUGCUUCAGCGAUUCAAGUUUCUGUUCAACCUGCCUCUCAACAUCGAGAGGAAUAUUCAGAAGGGUGAUUAUGAUGUGGUUAUUAAUGAUUAUGAAAAGGCCAAGUCACUCUUUGGGAAAACGGAGGUGCAAGUUUUCAAGAAAUAUUAUGCUGAAGUAGAAACACGGAUUGAAGCUUUAAGAGAAUUACUUCUGGAUAAAUUGCUUGAGACGCCAUCGACCUUACAUGACCAAAAACGUUAUAUAAGGUACCUGUCUGACCUUCAUGCCCCGGGGGACCCUGCAUGGCAGUGCAUCGGAGCACAGCACAGGUGGAUCCUUCAGCUCAUGCACAGCUGCAGAGAAGGCUACGUCCACGGCCUGCAAGGUACUCCAGGCCUUCACAGUCCCAUGAUCGACCUGGAUAACGAUGUGCGGCCCUCGGUGUUGGGUCACCUUAGUCAGACGGCGUCACUGACGAGGGGCAGCAGCUUCCAGUCCAUCCGGGAUGAUACAUGGAGAUACAAAACUCCCCACCGGGUGGCAUUUGUUGAAAAAUUGACCAAGCUUGUUUUAAGUCAGCUGCCUAACUUCUGGAAACUCUGGAUUUCAUAUGUUAAUGGAAGCCUUUUCAGUGAGACUGCUGAGAGGUCUGGCCAGAUUGAAAGAUCAAAGAAUGUAAGGCACAGACAGAAUGAUUUUAAGAAAAUGAUUCAGGAAGUCAUGCACUGUCUUGUGAAGCUGGUCCGCGGAGCCCUGCUCCCACUCAGCAUCUCGGAGGGCGGAGCCAGGCAGCACGGAGGCUGGGAGGGAAAGUCUGAGCUCUCCGGACAGUGGCUUGCUCAUGUCAUCCAGACCAUGAGGCUUACUUAUGAAUCAUUAACUGCCCUCGAAAUUCCUAAUGACAUGUUGCAGACAAUCCAGGAUCUCAUUUUGGAUCUCCGAGUACGUUGUGUGAUGGUCACAUUGCAACACACAGCAGAAGAAAUAAAGAGAUUAGCUGAAAAGGAAGAUUGGAUUGUUGAUAAUGAAGGACUGACUUCUCUACCGUGUCAGUUUGAGCAGUGCAUUGUGCGUUCUCUGCAGUCACUCAAAGGCGUUCUAGAGUGCAAGCCUGGAGAAGCCAGUGUCUUUCAACAACCUAAAACACAGGAGGAGGUUUGCCAACUAAGCAUCCAUAUCAUGCAGAUUUUUGUACACUGUCUAGAACAAUUGAGCGCCAAGCCUGAUGCUGAUGUAGAUACUGCACAUCUUUCCAUGGAUGUUUCUUCUCCUGAUUUGUUUGGAAGUAUCCAUGAAGACAUUAGUUUGACUUCGGAACAGCGGCUUUUGAUAGUCCUCAGUAAUUGCUGCUACCUGGAGCGUCACACCUUCCUAAAUAUAGCGGAACAUUUUGAAAAGCACAACUUCCAGGGCAUAGAAAAAAUAACACAGGUUAGCAUGGCCUCACUGAAAGAAUUAGACCAAAGACUCUUUGAAAAUUACAUUGAGUUGAAAGCAGACCCCAUCGUCGGUUCCUUAGAACCUGGCAUUUAUGCAGGCUAUUUUGAUUGGAAAGACUGCCUGCCUCCAACGGGUGUCAGAAACUAUUUAAAAGAAGCAUUGGUGAACAUAAUUGCCGUGCAUGCAGAGGUGUUCACUAUUUCCAAAGAGUUAGUGCCUCGGGUUCUGUCCAAGGUGGUCGAAGCGGUUUCUGAAGAGCUAAGUCGACUGAUGCAGUGUGUUUCUUCCUUCAGCAAAAAUGGAGCAUUACAGGCAAGGCUUGAAAUCUGUGCUUUGAGGGAUACUGUGGCUGUUCACCUGACGUCUGAAAGCAAGUCUAGUUUCAAACAGGCUUUGGAAGCCCUACCUCAGCUCUCAAGUGGAGCAGAUAAAAAGUUAUUGGAAGAGCUGCUGAACAAGUUCAAGAGCAGCAUGCACUUGCAGCUUACCUGUUUCCAAGCUGCUGCUCCACCCAUGAUGAAAACAUAACGCUUCCAAAAUAAGGGCAAUCCAAAGAUAACAUGUAAUAAAACCAUUCACUUUCUUAAGUGCCCUAAAGGUAUUUGGUGUAUAAAGCAUUAGAUUUGCAAUUUCUCUCUCUCUCUCUCUCUUUUUUUUUUUACCCCAAAUUCGUAGCUUAGAAAGAUGUUGGUAUAUGUUUUAUUUCAACCAGAGUGACCUUAUUUGAAGUGCCAGAGCAGUAUUUGUUUUGCCACUCUUACUGCAUUAGGUCCUGGAUGACUCUGGUGGCUUGUUACCAAGUGUCUCCUGGUGAGUGCUGCGGGAGCGUGGCUGCAAUGUUCACAGGGGCAUCCUCGGUGUCACGUGCACUCGACUUUGAGGAUCAGCAGCUUCCAAGGCACACAGAGAGAUUGACGAGAAGAGAUUUGGGAAGUUCUGUAUAGACAUCUUUGGAGCUUUAACUGUCCUAAACUGUACAGCUGUUCUUCAAAACUUUAUUUCAUUCAAAUAGCUCUAAUCACCUAAUUCAAGUGGGCUUUUAGAAAAACUUGUGGUCUGCAUGAAAACAUAAUAUCUGGGGUAGGUUAUUUGUGGUCCAGAUGUCCAUGAAUUAAUUUUGCGUUUUGCUGCCUAAUUUUUAUUUUUCAAAGUGCUGAAACAUUAAGCACCUUUGCAUGUAGUUUUUUUUUUUAUCUCACUCACUGUUAGUUUGCUGUGUCACCCGACGUCGAUGUGUCCUGUCCCUGAGGGGCCCAUUGUUGCAUGUGACGGGCUUGGGGACCAGUAGGUGCUGUCCGGAACAGCUGCAGGCCUCCCAUCUCCUCAAGAACAGCAGGCCCUGUGGUGGCGCAUCACUGUCUGCUCCUUCCCCUCUGCCGGUUUCUUUUCUCUCCACCACUUCUUACCCUUUCAAGUAUCUUGCUCAGUAGCUAAAAGAACACUGCCCUGGCACAGUCUGUGUUUUCUGAGGCUUUGAAGACGCUCCUCAGUCACCAGGCUGUAGGAGCUGCUGGUGAACCGUGAGCUGUCUGUCCUGCAUCGGCUGCUCACUUCCUUUACCGGAAUAGUUGCAGGGCACUGUGACCUCUUUCAGAGUCAGUUUCCCUAGCUGACUGACUUCAUCAUGCCAUUUGCUUCAGAAAACUGAGUAAUUCUCUAUUUGUAGUCUACUUGUCAGGAUUUUCACAUUUUUCUUUGGGUAUCACAGAAUCCUCUUUUUUUAAUGCUGAAAUUAAUAUCUUUAUUAAUAAAAGUAAUUUUAGAGUACAGGAUACACAGUACCCAUUUCAAAUAAAAAUAAGUCAGUGUUGUUUUGUUUGUUCAUUUGGUGUAUGGGGGGAAAUCACAGUAACUAGAAGUAAAAGUUUAAUCUUUUACAAAUAUGCUUGGUAAAGCUUAUUAAGAAAUAUAUGGGAUAUUGUCUCUCCUAAGCCAUUUCACUGUUGUAUCUAACUUGACUAUAAACUAAAUUGCAAACUGCAAUUCUGAAUGUUUGUGUAUUUUAAAAAGCUAGUUCAGAGCAUUCAGCCAUUAAAAAAUGUAUCUUCAACACCAGAUGUAAUUUAGUUGACAUUUUUUCCCUAAGCCAUCUUUAUUUCAACAUUUUUAUUAGCUGUAUAUGUCUUUUUAUAUGUCUAGUUUUAACACUCAAAAUAAAUACUUAAAUUCUGGUUUA